AUGAAGCUCGUCUCUCUUGCCGCGCUCCUUGUAAGCGCGAUUCCUAUUGCUGUGACUGGUGCAGCAGUUGGUGGAAAUCCCAAUGGAGCAAAGAUUAUACCUGUCUCCGACUUGACUGGUCUAAGAAGCGUGGGAGCCCAUUACGCCAAGUAUCCGGAUCGCAAAACCGUGACAAUCCGACCAUCCAAGAACGACUACGAUGAUGUCUCAAGCGACUUUCUUUGGGGAAUUAAGCAAGCCAACCAUGGUGGACGGCUGCUGCUCGAGAAGGGCAAGAAGUAUGUGAUUGGCAAGAAGUUGGAUUUGACGUUCUUGGACAACAUCGAAGUACAAUUGGACGGUGAGCUCAAGUUCACGAACAACAUCACGUACUGGCAAGCCAACAACUACUAUUAUGACUUCCAGAAGUCAAUCACUUUCUGGCGCUGGGGCGGGAAUGAUAUAAAAAUCUUCGGCAGUGGUACGCUGAAUGGUAAUGGACAAGCUUGGUACAACGCAUUUGCUGGACUCGAGAUCUUGGAUUCGUCCAAUACCUUCUACCGACCGAUCCUGUUUCUGACUGACAACGCGACGCGUGUUUCCGUAGAAGGUAUCACGCAGCUGAACUCGCCGUGCUGGACCAACUUCUUUGUCAACACCAAGGAUAUUUCAUUCAAUGAUGUUUUCAUACAUGCUUAUUCGACUAACGCCUCAGCCCUCCCCAAAAACACCGACGGAUUUGAUUCGUACAAUGUUGAUGGAUUGACGGUCACCAACACGCGGGUUGAUAUCGGCGAUGACUGCUUCUCGCCCAAGCCCAAUACUACCAAUAUCUUUAUCCAGAACCUGUGGUGCAAUAACACGCAUGGUGUGAGUAUGGGUAGUAUUGGUCAAUAUGCUGGAGAAUUGGAUAUCAUCGAAAAUGCCUGGAUUGAAAACGUGACGCUGCUGAACGGUCAGAACGGUGCUCGUCUCAAAGCAUGGGCUGGACAGGACGUCGGUUACGGCCGUAUCAACAACAUUACGUACAAGAACAUCCAGAUCCAGAAUACGGAUAACCCAGUAGUGUUGGAUCAGUGCUACUUCGACAUCAAUGCCACGGAGUGCGCCCAGUAUCCAUCUGCAGUCAACAUCACGAACAUUCUGUUCGAGAAUAUUUGGGGUACCUCGUCUGGCAAGGAAGGCUUAGUGGUUGCCGAUCUGACAUGCUCGCCUGCCGCAGUCUGCACGAAUAUCACGCUGCAGGAUAUCUCGCUGACAAGUUCCGCUGGCAGUCCAUCGGAGAUUAUCUGCUCGGGCAUUACCGGGGGCAUUGGGGUGGAUUGCGGCAGUGGCAAAACCACUCUUCUCGAACAUAUCCUCCAAUCACCCGAUCAUGGCCUUCGUAUUGCGGUGAUUGUCAAUGAUAUGAGCAGUCUCAACAUCGACGCUACCCUCAUCAAACAUCACACCGUCUCCCACACCAAAGAGUCCCUUAUUCAGCUCCAAAAUGGUUGCAUUUGCUGCACGCUACGGGGCGAUCUCUUAUCUGAGCUCGCGCGACUAACGACCCAAGAGGAAGUCGAGUACGUCGUGAUUGAGAGCACGGGCAUUAGUGAGCCCAUGCAAGUUGCCGAGACCUUCACCGCGGAGUUCAGCGCCGCAAUGGUUCAAGCUGAAGCCGAAGGAGGCGUAUUGGACGAAGAAGGCAAGAAGAUCUUAGAUCAAAUAAAUACCCUCGGCGGCCUCCACCAACUCUCUACCCUUGACACUACAGUCACAGUCAUUGACGCCUUCAACCUUCUGUCCAACCUCGACACCUCUGACUUUCUCUCUGACCGCUACGGACCGGACAAAAUCAUUGCAGAAGACGAGCGCACGAUCUCCGACCUGAUGGUUGAUCAGAUUGAGUUCGCCGAUGUAAUCCUCAUCAACAAGAUGGACAUGUUAGCCUCGCGGCCACAGGACCGCGACCGGAUCAUGCGGCUUGUGACAACGCUGAACCCAUCCGCCAAGGUUAUACAGACGAUCUAUUCCCGAGUCGAUGUUAAGGAGAUUCUUGGGACCGGGCGGUUUGACUUUGUUAAGGCGGCGUCUGGGGCGGGGUGGUUGCGGAGUCUGCACGAGAUGACCAAAAUGAAGAUGGGGAAUGGGGAGGAGAGGUGGACGCCCAAGCCGGAGAUUUUGGAGUAUGGAAUCAACAACUUCGUUUAUACCGCCCGGCGACCAUUUCAUCCACGCAGGUUAUACAACUUGCUACAUGACAAGUUUAUUAUCCUCCAGGAUGCAGCAGAGGAUGAUGUCGACGAGGGCGAGGAGGAAGACUCCGACGCAGCCGGAGAAUCAAACGCGGAACAUCAUUCCGACUCCUCUUCCGAGUCCGAGGCAGAGGAGGAGGAGGAAGAAGAAGAAAAAGAAGAAGAAGCGGAUGAGCCAACCCAGCCCACCUCUCAGGAGAUCCUAGCCAACAAACGCGCCGACCCCUUACUCCAACCCCUCCUUCGCUCCAAAGGCUUUUUCUGGCUUGCCACUCGACUCUACCAAUUUGGCGAGUGGAGCCAGGCAGGCGCCAUGUUGACCAUGAACUGCGGGGGUCCAUGGUUUGCCGAGGUUCCGGACGACGUGUGGCCGGAGGACGGGGAUGUACGGAAGUCCAUCGAGGAGGACUUUCAAGGCGAGUGGGGAGACCGCCGACAGGAGAUUGUAUUUAUCGGAGAAGGGGUAGAUGUUAACGGUGUGACGGGGUUGCUAGACGAGUGUUUGUUAAGUACAAAGGAGAUGAAGAAAUGGGAGAGGGUCAUGAGGGAUCAGACGAUGGAAAGACGGGAGAAGCAGGAAGUUGUAGGCCGGAUUUGGGAGGAUGGAUGGGAGGAAUGGCCUGCCGUGGUUGAGGAUGAUGAAGAUGGUGUACAGAAUGAGGAAGCGAUGGAUAUCGAGGGACAACCGGAGGAAGGGAAAAGGGAAAGGAAGAUUAGUAGGUUUAUGCGUGGAGGCUAUGCUGCGCACCAGGGGCAUUCGCAUUCACAUAAGUGA